CUCGGGACGCGCUGACAUCGUGUCGAUGAAAGUCCAGGUGUUUGGCAGCGCCGCCGAUCCAGAGUUCCAGAAGGUUUUGGGUGUGCUUGAGGGACUCGCUGCCGUGCAUGACGACGUGCAGCUUAGUGUGAUAGAGGACGUCUCGUCCGUUCGCAUCCACGUUGCAUCGAACUCGAUGCCACCCACAACCGUCACGUCCGUGGAUGCGCUGCUUCCACUGCUGCGAGAUCACGUCACAUUCACCAAUUCACCAAUACCGCCAGGAAUUGCAUCCCGAGAUGUGCUCCCAUCCACGAACGCCCCCCUUCGGCUAUUUAUUGGCGGGGAUCGAUCGCAGGUCGGGAAAUCUACCGUUUGCCUUGGCCUUCUAGGCGCGCUCCUGCAACUUGGGUACCAUCCCAGCGAACUCGCAUACAUCAAACCCGCGACACAGUGCGAAGAACCGCAGCUCGUCGCCGACUUCUGCGCCUACUAUGGAAUUGCUGCCCAACCGAUCGGACCAGUUGUAUUCUACUCGGGAUUCACUCGGGCAUUCCUGGACCAGCCGGACCCGGUCCAAGCGUCGCACGGACUCCUCCGCGACAUCGUGCGUGCCGUCGAUGCCAUUUCCACUGGCAAGCGCAUCGUGCUCGUUGACGGUGUUGGGUAUCCUGCGGUUGGUUCCAUUUGUGGCGUGUCGAACGCCGACGUAGCUGCCGCGCUCGAGCCAAUUUCCGUCAUCCUGGUCGGGAAAAAGGGGGUCGGUGAUGCCGUCGACUCAUUCAAUCUGAAUGCGACUUAUUUCAAAGCAAGGCACGUCCGCGUUCUUGGCGGCAUCUUCAACAGGCUGCCACCAGACGGAUAUUACAGCAUCGACCAGUGCAAAGCCGCUAUCACGCGGUAUUUUUCCACCGCCGAGAGUGGCAAUGACGAAGGACGGUGCAAGGCAUACGGGUUCUUGCCGGAGCUACCUGCCUUGGCACCAAGGACAAACCCCGCGGCCGCGGCACCAGCGGCUGCCCUGCCUUGGCAUGACCUCGUCCAGGCGAUGCUGCGGCAUGUUGAUGUUCGAGCGCUGGUGGCGGACGCAGCUACGUCCAUGUACUCGAGGAAGCGACCGCUGUUCCCUACUGGCAUCGACCCGAUUCCCCUUGACACCAUGACGGCGAAGAAGCCGCGACGGAACCUGACGAUUCAGUGGUCGCAGCCGUCGCGAGCUGCCGUACAGGCUGCAGCAAUGCGAUCGGGAGCUCCAACUGCAUGACAAGCUGCCGCAACCCAUUAGACGUGGUGGCCCAUGGCCCAGUGCGAGUACGCCCGGUCGAGUGUGCAUGACGUGGCGCCUUUCAACACCCAAGUGUGGGUGCAAGGCACCACCGACAACUCGAUCCCGGACUGUGGUCGACGCGCGACUAUCAAGUAGCGGCAACCAUAGUCGAAACAUAAACUCCAGGGACACUUGAGUGUUUGGAAUCCUGUCGUCGCAGGUCAAGGCAAGCUGGAAGCAGCGUGGAGCCGAUCGAAAAGCAUGCUACCUUGGCUAGUUCUGCUUUCAUCCGACGACCUGUGCCAAUGUUCGAGCAGAGGCAACGUCGCGCGAGGCCCCAGUGGAUGUGGUGGAGCGGGGUGUAUUGCGUCAACUCUGCGCGGUUUGCUAGCCAUCCAGCACCAUCCCACGCUGUCUGGGGCAUAGGUGCGCAGAUCUGAAUUACGGCAAUAGCCACACCGACGGGAUCGUCCACCAUCGCUUCAGGUGGACGUGAUGUCGAGGCGGUCGGCUUGCACAAAAAUGCCGUGGUCGCGGGGGCAGCGGAAAUACGCCACGCCUUGGACGGUCCCGUCGUUCUUGCCAUGGGGGUGAUUCAACUCGAUGCCGACCCAUAUUCCACGGGCAAACUGCGUCGCUCCGAUGUACCGCACCGUGCCUGACCCAUGUCGUGAGGGGUUUCUCGUUGCACAAAUGAAUCAACGUGUACCAGGAGUGCCCCCAAGGACGACUCGACGGCCGAGUUCGACGCGCGGUGCGACCGACGACGUCCGCGGCGGUGCAAGUCUUAAACUUGGGGCAACGGACGCCUCCGAUGGCGAGUCCUGCCGACUUUGGUGCGCGACGAUCUGAAUGGCGUCGAACAGGUCGUGGAAGCCGCGCAUGGACGCACUUCGGGCCCGACGAAGCGGUCGAUCUCGAGGGAAACCACUCGUUGGUUCAUCGAGUCCUUCUGGAUCGUUGUUCUAGAGCAAAUACCAAACACGAACGAGUUACGAACCGAGGAGGAGGUUGGAAUCGAGAGAGGGUCGACGUGAGGAUGGCGGCCGAGACCCACCUGACCCUCGUGGCGCGAGCGAUGGAUCCCAUUGGAGCGAUCGACUCUAGAGUUUCGAGGUCGCCGACUAGUUAGAAUCAAAUGGGAGCAAGCAGUCCGCCGCAACGAGUCGGUCGGUCGCCAUCCGGCCUUGAGCAUCCACCGUACCGAGUCAGCGACAACGGGAGAUCAUGCAGUGGUUGGGAGGCGGUCGGACAGGAUUGGCGGCGCUCUCGAAUCAAUUCGGACGUGGGAGUGUCGCCCAGCCGCGCCUUGGUCCAUACGGUCGACGUGGUGUGCUGCGCCGCCGCUACGAAUGAUGUCAACAGGCAAAAAAGACUUGAACCUCAUGGGAACGACAGCAUGAACGCUCGCGAACACCCCCUCGCUUGGGUCAGUUGUACCUUGGUCCGUGGCGGCAGCUUUCCUUUCAAGCUGCGCGAUCCGUUGAGUCCAGUGAAACAUGCGAUCGGCGAGCACUUGAGACUGGUCUGCGAGCGAUGUGGGGGGCUGCACAGCGUUGUCCGUGGUGAUCUUGGGAUGCGAUGCAGAUACAGCGCCGGGUGUCUGCGGCGGGAAGAGAACAAUGGGAUGUGGAGGCGGUGGCACAGCGAGGGGGUUCGCACUGGCCGCGACGACGUCCUCGUCAACGAUGCGCCGGCGGUGCAUGUUGCGACUGGCGGUGGUGGUGUCGGUUGCCGGCAAAACGGACACCGCGAUGUCCUUGUCGCUGGCAG